ACAACCUUACAUUGCUUUACUUAACAUAUCUACACAGGCAUACAAAAAAUGGGCCAAGUCAUUAAUUCGCCGAGAAAACCAAGAACUGCCCCGGUGCUAUCAAUCACGAGGACAUUGCACAACGAACUUCGAGACGAUCUCGACGAGCCAUGGCGUAUUUCUGGACAGACCGGUUCGAGAUACUACGUCCGCAGACUGUACCGUUCUAGCUCAACAUGGCACCAAUACGCUCUGCACGAUGAAUGUCCUAGACCUAACACACACAAGUGUUGCAAGGAGCCAUGGGUUCUUUUCACCUGCAAGAUCGAACCGAUAAAGUCUAGAUACCACGCCGCAAAGAUUGAUAAAGAAUGCAGAGCUAUCGUCAACACAUUGAUGAAGCACCGAAGUGUCUUGGGCUGCGACUGCAAUUUCGAGCACAUCAAGACUGGACGAACAUCCACGAAGGGCUCCAAUAUAUGUGAGAUAAGAAGUAUCGUCGUAGUCAAGGCCAUGAAAAAACACGACCGGAUGUGUAGUUGCGGUGGCUUCGACUUUGCUCCUCGAAGCACGCCAGAAAAGAAGAGUCCUAAGCCGCAGAAAUCAGCACCAAAUCUGCAUAAGAGAGUCUCGCUCGAAGAUGUUCAGAAAGAGUUUUUUGAUGACUGGUCUGACGACACGUCGUUCAUGUUCAAGGACAUACCUCGCAAGUUCUGA